CUUCCAUCUCUUUGGCCCGGAGGCUGUGGUUGGUGUGGCUCCUUAGGCCUGUGGGACGCUGCUCGCUGUUGCGGGGUGGCAUUUGUAGCCUUGUUGGUCCCUUUCCAAGGCAACAGCUGAGUUGAGUUGCAUUAAGAAGAGAGAAGACAGGCAUUUAAAAAGCGACCUUAAGAAAGGAAACGUUCAGAGGUUUUGAUCCAAGUGAACAGAAAUGUGUGAACCAUCUGAAGUUGAUAAAGGAGAAAAGAAUUCCACUCAAGAAGAUGCAGACUCGAGUUUUCCUGAGAGAGAAUUUCAAAUUGGACAGAAGCAACGGCAAAAAUUAGAGAGACAACUAAAGUCCUUAGCAUUUCAAAAUCCCGGGCCUCGGAUCUCAGACUUUAAUCCUCAAACCAGGGAGCAGCAGAAGGCGGCCCACAUGUCAAAGAUGAAGGAGUAUUUUUCUGUGAACAAAGUGAUGAAGAAGUAUGACAGGAAUGGCCGGCUGAUUUGUAACAAUGCAGACUUAUGUGACUGCCUGGAGGAGAGCUGCCCGGGCUGCUUCUAUCCAUGUCCCAAGUGUAACUCCAACAAAUGUGGGCCAGAGUGCCGCUGUAAUAGAAAAUGGGUCUAUGAUGAUAUUGUAACUGAGUCUGGUGAUGUCAUUAGCACUUUGCCCUUUGUUGUUCCUGACUAAGGUCGUUGUGAGAAGAUUUGUGCUCUUGUAUACACGAAGCAAGCAGAGAAUGGGCAGUUGUUGCCAAAACUAUUUUCAUCUUGUCUUUUCAAAAGGUUUGAUGGAUGUGGAAAAAAAGUUUUUAGGGUGGUUGUGGUGAACCACCAAAGAAGCACCUCUCCUUAGAUGGGCUAAUUCAGAUUUGUUUUAGUUACUUUCCUAAACUUCAGGAUUUAGGCUGGAAUGCCAGCAAGGUAACCUUUCCUUAAGCAUAAUGCAACAGGAGAAUUGGGUUUCCUCCUCAUUUUCUUUAUAGCUUAAUCUGACCUGGAUUGUCUUAAAAGAGUUUGAAAUGUGCAUAUUAUUUCGACUGUUUUUCCAUAAAGAGAAUUUUUUCUUUUCUUCCUAUCAACUAAGAAGUAGUUUAGUUUCUAAAGCCAAGACUGCAAUCGCUUUCACUUUGCAAGUACUGAUUGAAAGUCACAACAAGAAAGAAAAACAAGAAAACUUGAGUUACUUUUAAAAGCAUAUUGUUUUUUAUGUGCUUCAAGCUGCCUGUAUGGUAGGUUAAUAAGUGCUUUCUUACAAGACAUAAUAUCUAAGUACUUGACUAAAAACAGUGAGACUUUUUUCUUCUAUGUUGCAGAUAUUGUGAUAAUAACUUUCUGUUUCUUUUGUAUUUUUAGGUAGUGCUAUUUUCUGUAAUACUACUUUGUGUACCUUUUGAAUUAUAGUGAAAUUAAGGUUAUGAAAAAUGGGAGUAGUGUGAUUGGAGAGAAAUUAUUGAAGUUGCACUACUUACACUGAAUAAAUUAUAUAGUAUGUG